AUGGACCAAUUCGGGUUUCCUUUUUCGACGCCCCAUGCAGACCAUCAGUCGCUGGCUCCGCCCGUCGGGCGGGUGAUCCACAGUUCAACUUCGGAGCUGGAAAUCCGAUAUCCUGACCAACUAGGACUUCAUUCGCAUGGUGCGAUCGCCACCCCGAUGGAUCCAGCACAUGCAUUCCGGCAACCAACCUGGUCACAGCACCUCGAACAAACCCCGGUCAGUUUUUUAAGUGACGAUUCGCAAACAUCCCUCUCACAUCACGAAACGUCAAACACUCUCAUGGCCGCAAUUCUCAGUCGACCCGACAUUGCAGCCUUUCGAGACACAGUAUGCAGCUACCUCCGCCUGACAUCCGGACUGUGGGCUGAGUUGUACAAACCGCGAGAGUACUCAACUGCUCACCACCUCCUUACCCGCUGCCUCUCCCAGAAGUACGGCAGACUCCCCCCUGACUUGUGGCGCCUGAUCAACGAGUUAAGAGACCAUCAUGAUUUCGAGCAUUCACGCUAUGACUAUAUCGACAUCAUCUCCUCAAUUCCGACGCCAAAAAAUCAGUUUCCGAACCAUUUGGCACCAUCCGCGUACGAAGGACGAGCAUUCAGCGGUUCAUGUAGUUGGUCGGUUCCUCGUCCGCCUGAGGAAAGCAGUCCUCUUGUGGGCCAAAUCUCCAGUCCAGUUCCGGGCCCAGUCGGCCAAACAAGAUGCACAACACCUGUUUUUACGGCGAAUGGCAGGAGAAGAUUCCAAACUUCUUCCAACCCGAGGAAGAAAGGAAGAGCACCGAAAGGAGAGAGGUACAAAUGCCCUUAUACGAAUUGCAGGCAUGACGCUUUUCGGAAUGCUGGGAACUUCAGCAACCAUAUGCGCAAUUGUCAUGCGGAAUCUGAGUAUCGCAACCAGCAUCCAGCAGAUUUUCUGGUGCCAGAUUCAUCGCCCCAGCUGAGCAAUCAGGGCGACACCACGUCUUCCGCGGUUACAAAUGCGAGCGACUCACCUUUGACUCGGCGACGAUUGUCCGAGGAGUCCGGCACCAAUGAAGACGGGGCGGCGACCGCUGACGACGAGGAUGUGAGAGAUAUCGGCGACAUCAUUUUCCCUGCUGAACAAGAUGAAUUCCAAACCAGCAUGAGCCAAGGGAUGUUCAGUCAAGGCGCUCCAGGAGCGCCUGUAACCGGCGGGAUAGCGUGCGGUUCUCUUUUGGAGGCCUUCAGAUUUGUUCCGGCUAAUUAUCAAGCACAGCAUCAUGCUAUGUCACAAGGACUCAAUGACAUGCCUCGAUCAUCUCCCAGAGAGGAUAUUGAGUUUAGCCAACUUCAAAUCAUGAAUGAACAGGAGUGGGACACACGGAGAAGAGGUUAG